GUUGCAGUAAGUAGAUAUGCGGUAGUAGGUCUACAACGCCCCCUUAUACAAAUGUCAGAGUAUGUUGUGUUUUAUAAUUUAUAAUAUAUGAUUCGCGCAGUUUCUAUGCUUUAGGAUAAAAUGAGUUCAAUAUAAAGCUUGUUGUACAGUGAGACCGCGAGCUGCUGUGUUCAUAAACACAUGUGUCUGUCAGUACGCGCGUGCAAGCAGCCGGUUCACUGUGUUUCUCUGAGGUUUGAAUGAAGAGUUGAAGUGAUCCAGUGAAGCAUGCUGUCCCUCAAAGAGAAGGACCGGCCCGUGGUCAGGAAGCUGUUGUGCGCCGGCUGCUGUGUGAGAUGCGUCCUGCGCUUCUGCUGUGUGGGAAGCUCCUCUGCUUACAGACGAUCAUACCAGGACAUACACAAGGAGCUUCUCACCUUCAUCAGUGAGGAAAACAGCCCCUCUGGUGAGGUCAAAACAGACGAGCCGCCGAAUAAACGCAUGAGAGUGGAAGAGGAUUGUGUUACACCAGCGGAGACGGAGACGGACUCAGACAUUUGUCCCGUCUGUUUGGGAGUCCUGCAGGACUUCUGUGAUUCGACUUUCGCCAAACAGGUGUCAGAUGCUGUGAAGAAGCAGCAGUAUGAGUUUGACAGUCUAGUGCUGACCGUUUCUCUUCCCGCUCAGCUGUCCGUCAGAGAGCAUUCCUGCUGGUUGCAUGUCAAAAAGGAAGUCAGGGAGAAGAGCAUGUGUUUAGGUAAAGAUGAUGUCAUCCAGGUGAAGGACGCAUUCAAGUGGGCCGUACAGGGAAAGAUCGGCCAGGAACUGGGAGCUGCUGUUCUGGCCAAUAGCCCGUGUGAAGUGAGUGUCGGGUUUGUACACCCAGAAACAGAGGAGGACUGUCAUUUCUUAGCGAACACCUGUCCAGACUGUUUCAAACCCACCAAAAACAAAGCGUCCAUCUUCACCAGGAUGGCGGUGGUUAAAGCUCUGGAGAAGAUCUCUGAUGAGAAGUUUAGCAGGCAUUAUCCAUGUCCACCAAAGAAACCAAACACUAGAUGUACAGCGCUGGACACCACAUGUCUCCACACAUCUGUCUUUAUAGCAGGUCGGUAUAAUAAGUUUUCUCGGGAGCUUCCGCAGACGCCGUGGGUGAUCGAUGGAGAGAGGCGGAUGGACGGAUCCGUGGAGGAGCUGAUCGCCGCUCCUCUCCUGUCCUCGUUCAGAGCUGACGGUUUUAACUUCUCAUCUUCAGGACGAGAAGACGUGGAUGUGAGGACUCUGGGAAAUGGUCGACCGUUCGCUCUGGAGCUUCUGAACCCCCAUAGAGCCAAAUUCAACAGAACCGAGAUCAAACAACUACAGGAGACGAUCAACCAAUCAUCUGACAAAAUUAGAGUACGAUACCUACAGAUUGUUACCAGGGAAGCAACAAGCCGCAUGAAAGAGGGUGAAGAGGAGAAGACUAAAACCUACAGCGCCCUCAUCUGGACUCAGAAAGCCAUCGACGACACUGAUCUGGAAUUCCUAGGAAACAUUAAGGAUCUAAAGAUUGCUCAGAAGACUCCGCUGAGAGUCCUGCAUCGCCGGCCGCUGGCGGUCCGACAGAGACUCAUCCACUCCAUGAGUGCCGUUUACCUGGACACACACCACUUCACCUUGAAGCUGUGCACACAGGCCGGGACUUACAUUAAAGAGUUUGUGCACGGAGACUUCGGCCGCACUAAACCCAACCUCUGUGACCUCAUGAAGACUGAUGCUGAUAUUCUGGAGCUGGACGUCGAGUCCGUAGACAUCGACUGGCCUCCUGCUAUUCCGGAUUGACCUUUGGGAUUUUGAGAACAGUUUUUGUAUGUCAGGACUAUAUAUUUCUGUCAUACAGUUCUUUGUUAGUUUGAUAGUCAUUUGGUUAAAUUAAAGCAAGCCCUAAUGCAUUGCACUAUAUGCUUUUUCCUUAAUAAAACAGCCUAAUUUUGUUUUUGUUUGUUAUUGUCAUGUUCCUCGUUUAACAGUCUACAUUUGUUUUUGUUUUGCAAUUUUCACAGAAAAAGAGUUUUUUGUUUUUCGAGUUUAAAUGUACUAUCCCCUGGUUUCACAGACAAGGCUUACGCUAGUCCUAGAUUAAAAUGCAUGUUUGAGCUGUUUUAACUGAAAGUAACUUGGACUGACAUAUCUUAAAAUAUGUCAGUGUCAUUGUUUUGUCUCAAGAUGCACACCAGUGAUGUUUUUUUCUAGGGUACAUUCAUAAAAACUACUUAAAUACCCUAAUUGAACUAAGGCCUAAUCCUGGUUUAGGCUAAGCUCUGUCUGUGAAUAGCCAACAAUACAUUGUAUGGGUCAAAAUGAUCGAUUUUUCUUUUAUGCCAAAAAUCAUUAGGAUAUUAAGUAAAGAUCAUGUUUCAUGAAGUUAUUUUGUAAAUUUCCUACUGUAAAUAUAUCAAAAAUUUUUUGUGCGUGGAUAUGCAUUGCUAAUGAUUUCAUUUGGACAACUUUUAAGGUGAUUUUCUCAAUAUUUAUUUAUUUAUUUAUUUAUUUAUUUUAUUUUUUUUGCACCCUCAGAUUCCAGAUUUUCAAAUAGUUGUAUCUCUGCCAAAUAUUGUCCUAUUCUAACAAACCAUACAUCAAAUGAAAAGCUUAUUCAGCUUUCAGCUAAUGUAUAAAUCUCAAUUUAAACAUGGACCCUUAUGACUGGUUUUGUGGUCCAGGGUCACAAAUAUUAGGAUUACAGUUGUAGCAAAAUAUAAACAAACACAUGUUUAGGUUUCAUUUACGUUUAACACAUAAGAGUAUAUUUGUAGUCCCUUGCAGCUUCAGAAAUAAGGCCAAACACAUUAUUGCUUUAUAAAAUGAAUUUUUUAAAAGAAUUAAAGGUAGGGUAGGCAAAGUUUUUGUUAAACUGGUUGAAACUUUCUUUACAUCCUGAUAGCAAUCAAUAACAGAAGUGUUCUAAAUAUUAAAAAUGUACAUAUAACCUCUGUGGAAGUCUCAGGUCCAAAAAAUGUUGAAUUUGGUCUAAAUACAAUAAUAAGAUGUCCUACCUGCCAUCAGCGCGUUCAACGAGUUGUAGACAGACUCCGAGCGCAAAAACGAACAGCAGCCGACUUUUACAGUUCCUCCUGAACCAAAACGAGUUUAUGUUGCGUUCACGCCAUGUCAUAACCAUAAUUAAGAUGGCAACCCGUGACGUUCUAACCGGAGCUGUUCAUGUCCCCCAACUCGGAUUUAUGCGUUUCUAUGGCAACACUAUCAACACCGAAAUUAAUCUGCAGCAGUCGAGUGGUACAGGUAAGUGCUCUGAAAGUUGUUUACGCUCAUUAUUAUUGUGUGCGCUUUAAGACAUGAGGUAAUUUAACGGCGUCUCUCGUCUCGUGACGCUCGUGUUUUGAGGGAGGCGUGGCUUUGGUGAUGCUCUGAAGGGAGGGUGGGAUCUCAUGCUUUCAAAGCUAGCUAGCUUGCUAUUGUUAGCCUCUCUGAAAUUUCCUACCCUAGAUUUAAAGUUUUGCUUGCACUUUUAUUGCAGACUGCAAAGUAAAAUUUUGUAUAAGAGCAUAUACUCAUAUAAAAUGUAAAAAUAUUUUAAAUUUAUAAUUAUUUAAGCUUCUCUUAAAAACUGUUAACUAUUAUCUUUAAAGGGGACCUAUAAUGCCCCCUUUACAAGAAUUAAUAUAAGUUUCUGGUGUCCCCAGAAUGUGUCUGUGAAGUUAUAGCUCAAAAUACCUAUAGCUUGUCAAAUUUGCCCCUAUUUGGGUGCGAGCAAAAACACGCUGUUCUUGUGUGUGUCCCUUUACAUUCAAAUGAGCUGCUUUCCAGAAGAGGGUGGAGCUUUAACAGCUAAUGCUUCGUUUGCUCAACAACAACAAAGCAGGAGAAUCUCACGCAGCCAAAAUGAGGAUUGUCAGUAACAGUGUUCAGCAUUACAUUGUUCAAACCGGAGUCGGACACUGAUGGAGAGACUCAGGAAGAAGUUACAAUUUUAAGAAUGAAACUGGAUGUUUUUGAAUUUAUGUAGUUGCUGUGGAGUUGAUUCAACUCAUCGACUAGCAUGUGCCGUCAUGUUAAUCUUUUGUGAAAAUCCAGCGUUGAAUUGACUCUCGUUUGUGAAGCAGUCUGGCGUAAAAUGACAGCAUGGCAACAACACUCUACCACAACAACUCACCCCCUUUGUUUGUGUUCUCGGGGGCAGGGUUUAUGUAAAUUUUAGUGUUUGUGAUGUCACAAACCCAGGAAGAAGCUCGUUGUAGUCCCUACCAGCUGUGUGUUGUAGUCCUUAAACAGAAUUCUUUAAAAGGAAAUAUCUCCCUUUGCAUUGAACUUUGAGUGUCGUAGCUUUGCAGAUGUUGUUUAUGCUCAAACAGUAACAUUACACACUAACUAAAGUUAAAAAAGUGAAAUCAUAAUCAACCACCCCUUUAAAAAAAUAUAUUGGGCCUAAUUCCUUAUAUAGGAAAAAAAAGUAUAGAGAUGCAGCAUUAAAACAUCAUGUAACUUAAAUCUAGAAAAAUAAUACCACAUGGACCAACUGGGAAAUUUGAACAUUUUAAUAUAACUUAAAAUAAAUACUACCAAAUGGCAAUGCAAGUCCACUACAUGGCACUUGCCCUAGAGUUUUGGUAUGAAACAAAACAGGCAAACGACUAAAGGAAAGGUAUAAAAAAUAAUGAGGGAGAGAGAGCACUUAAUAAACGCGGCUGACAGCGUCCUUCAUCCCAACAUACGAAAAUAAAUACAACUAAAAUUACAUCUAUAGUACAAAAAUACGCUGAAAAAAAAAACGAAAAAAAAAAAAACAAGAAAACAAAAACAAA